UGUUUAGGUGUAAUAUUCUUCUAAACUUAUCUUUUCAGGCUUAUUGAGCGUCAGCGAAUACGAACGUGCAAUCGAAACUUUGACAUAUGACAACACUGCAGAAGAACCUACUGCUCAGUUCAGGGGUUUAAAUGUUGAAGUUCACGACGCGACAUCGUCUGCCAACGUCCCAAUAUAUUUCACUGUACAAAACGUUAACGAUUCCCCAUUUUUCGGUUCGAAGCCACCGGUACUUACUAUAGAAGAAGACAGCUCUCUGUACGCGCCAAUCAGCUCGACAGCCAUUAACAUCUUGGGAAACUCAAUUACCGAUAACGACUUCAAUUCAGAGCUUGCUAUUGGUAUAUUGGGCGCAGAUAAUACAAAUGGUUUGUGGAGCUACCCUGGCCCGACUCACACACUUGUUACAGUAGAGGUAAAUAAUCUCGAUGCUAAUUAUAAAAUUGAAAUAAUGCAACUUUUUCUUCGCAUUUUUUGAAUCGUUUGUUGUUGUAGGACGGAGUGCGUGAUGAUUCAGGGAACAUUCUACGCAACACAUCUCUUAGCAAAACUUGUGUGGUGCUGAAUGAACAGUAUCUUAGUUAUACACCAAAUUCCAAUUAUGUUGGGAAUACGACCAUUACGGUUGUUGCAUGGGACAAAACAGGAACCACUUCAUCUUUUUUGAACGGGGACUUUGUUAACGUGACUUGGACUGCACCUGGUGACGCGUUCAGUCCAGACAUGGCCACUGUUACUGUGAUGAUAACUCCAGUGAAUGACGCACCUCACGUGGCACUGACGUCAUCUCAGCUAAUGUUUCAGCUUACAACUGUGGCGGAAGAUUCGGAUGGAGGCAGCGGAAUACGGGUUAGCAAACUCACCGAGGCGUGUGAUGAUGUCGACAUGGCUUACGACGCUACUAUUUUGAACUUGGGAAUCGCUGUUACUUCAUUUGACAACAGUGGUACAUGGCAACGCACUUCUGAUAAUGGUACAACGUGGACAGAUAUAUCUAGCGUUUCUGUGCUACUUGGUUCAAAUGGAGACGCGGAGAGUGAUGGUAUUCGGUUAAUCCCGAAUGCAAACUUUAACGGUGAAGCUUCAUUUACUUACAGAUGCUGGGAUUUCACAAGUGGAACUAACGGAAACGAAGGGGUCGAUGCUUCAUAUAUUGGACCUACAGGUGCAUUCAGUCAACAGCAAGUAACUGGGAUAGUGGAAGUAAGCAACACGAACGACUCGCCAUAUUUCGAAUCUGGCAUUUCAUCUUUGGAGCUCCCUGUUUACUCUGCAUCCGCAUUAAAUAAUCUGGGUAUCACAGUAAAGGAUCUCGUGAAAGACGUAUACAGAGAUAUCGAUCCCACGACAAAUCUUGGCGUUGCCGUAAUAAACACAGAUAGCAGCUUGGGUGAAUUCGAAUACACGUGCAGUGUUACAUCACCGAAUGAGUGGUUUUCAUUUUAUAGUUCGUAUGGGGCGGGUCAAACAAGUCCUGAACCUGUGUCGACAUCUCUUGCGACAGUAUUGUCUUCUACUUGCAGAAUACGGUUUCUCCCUGAUACAACUUUCGCCUCGACUUCCCAUCCACGUAUCGAUAUUCUACCAUGGGAUGGUAGUGAUGGGUUGAGCGGUGGCAGUUUUCGAGUGAACGCUGCAUAUGUUGCUAACGGUCCUUUUGGGUCAUCCUUUGUAUCUGUCGUUGCGACGAUGGUAGCAAACAGUUUUCCUUCUCUAAGUGGCAGUCAAGGUGAAGUUCAGUUCUACGAAGAGGGUAACCCGGUUUCGUUGUUUCCUGAUGUCCUCAUAUGGAAUAUGACGUCAUCAAGAGGCGCUACAGCCAUUGUGUCCUUGCAUAAUAUCUUCGAUACCGGGUACGAAAGAAUUGUUAUUGGCUCAAGUGCUGGUUACGCAAGCUUAUCCGAACUUACGUCAUCAACUGGAUUGUCAGCGACAUGGAACAUAGAUUAUACUGAAGUAAAAUUUGCCGGUAACAUCAGCAAAGGAUUUUACGAAAAAGCUUUACGUAGUGUAGGCUACCAACAUUUAUCACAAAACCCAACUACCAAUGUUCGUCCGACCGAUUCACGACGAGUAGAAGUGGUGGUGACUGAUAUUUCGGGCGUUAGUUCGCCGGUGUUCAGUCGUGACAUUAAGGUGACAUCAGUAAACAAUGCACCCAUAGUGUCGACUUCGCAUGAAGCAACUUCCACCUGGACUGUGGUGGACUUCCGAAGAGGAAGUGAUCCGGUUACUUUGUUUUCUGCCGUGAACUUUACAUUCUCAGAUCCAGAUGACACCUCACUCAACUCGGUCGUAUUAUCUAUUAACCCAGUAUACGACGGAUCAAACGAGAUGCUAUAUAUCCCAUCUUCUUUUGAGCGAAUGUUUUACGUCAACGAUUCAUACUAUUACAUAAAGGUACUGACAACAUCAUCGGAAUACAAUGUAACAAGUGGAGUUUUAAAAUAUUCCAUUACGAACCGUGAUGCAAACUUUCAAGAUUACAGCGCAGCUAUGCGUAAGAUCACAUACAGCAACACAGCUGAUCCACCCGACUUUCGACAUCGUGAAGUCCAUAUGUUCGGAACCGAUCAUUCUAAUGCUGUCACACUUACAACCACGAUUAGUAUUAACAUGUUGGAAGCUGAUGGUUCCACUGUGAUUGACUUACCGAUAGGAAAUCUUCCAGGCUCGCCCGCUAUUCAGCAGGUUGUAGCCUAUCCUGCAGUUAUUCCUUCAAUCCAAAGGACUACAGUGCAACAACACACCGACGCGAAGUUUUCUAGUGGAGAUAGGAUCCAAAUAGUUUUUGACCGGGAUACCAACAUGCCGCCGUUCGGAUAUUACGACACAACAGACCCAGUCGCUUCAGGUGGUAAAACGUUAACAAAGCAUGAGAUUCUAGAGAUUUUCUCUUUCACCAACCCCCUUGUUGUUGCUUCGAUCGACGGCUACACUGGCAGAUGGCUGACUGCGAGGAUAUUCGAAAUAACAGUUGUAAGAGAAGGCUAUCCCCAGCUACCUGUGCAGAUAGGAAACUGGGCAGCCACACCAAAGCAAAGCACAAUCUGUGACAACGUCUCUUUCACGGCACGUAGAUAUUGCAUCCGCGACAUCACAGGAUUGUCAAAGCCGAGUGCUGCCGCUUCACCACCAUUAGAAGGGAAUUGGGGACUAAAUGUACCCAAUGUCACUGAUGUGGUUUUGCAAAACUCCACACUACAAGCAGGUGUUGAAUAUGUUACUGAUGGUACUACAGGUCACGUUAGCUUGCGACCGGCAAUGAGCAAAUCUCAGCUUGACCAACUAUGCUCCGUUUUUUUCUCUGAUAUUUUGAAAUCAGACAUUGCUAACGAGCUUCCUGGUUUGACGGCUGUUGUUUCACAAUGUCAGAAUAACUACGUUGCUCGUUGGGACCUGUCGCUUGAUAAAACAGACCAAGUGCCGACUGAGACACAAUUUACUCUGACUUUUCACACAUCAGUAACAUAUUAUACGGUGCAUCAAGUGAUAAGUUAUCUCACAACAAGGUACAGCAAAUCCGUUGUGAUCGACGUGGUAUCACAGGACACCGGUGUCGGCAGAACUGCCCUUGAGGGCUACCGCGCGGCUGAGCGUUUAAGUACAAACGUUUAUGUGGAACAAAACGAUAACUUGACACCUGCUCUGCUAUCAGCUGUGAUUGCGCACCCAAAUACAUCUAAAGUUGAUGACAUCAGCAUUCAAAUUGGUGACGUCAUAACAUUGCAGUUUGACAAAGCAACGAAUAAACCUAACGUGUCAACGAAAGCAGAAAUAGACACUGUCUUCAGUUUUAAUAAGUACAUGACGUAUGUCGGUAACUGGAUUUCUGAUUCCACUCUGACGAUAACGAUUACGUCAUUCAACGAUACUGUGACGUCACUUACUGGUUCAUUUAGACUGAACCAACUAGCUGAUGGUACAACUGUGACAGAUGCUUCUAAUGUAAAUUGCGUCGGAUUAUCGGUGUGCGGACAUAACAAUGUUUCUGUUGGUAUUUGCGACACCACUACUACAUCAUGUAGAGCGCAUGGUAGCUUCACUCUAUCUCACACUACACAACCGAAUGACGCACCCGUUAUUCAAGUUGGAGGCAUCGAUUGGUGGUGGUUGUUGCUGGUCGGCUUGCUUCUCUUGUUUUGCACCAUCAUCAUAAUCUUUUUGCUCAGGAAGCGUAAAAAGAAGCACAGAGAAGACAAGGAUAAAGAAACAUACGAUGAAUAUCAAUCUAUUCCUACCUCAACAACUACCCGAACUAUCACACCGGAUAUCCUUGCUUGGACAAACCAAGACAUGCUCAAUAGAAACAACUUUACAAGCAACAAGUAUAGAAGAAAGUCAAAUACCACCAAUUCACCUUUCAAUGGUAGAGUCGCACCUUCCCCUAUUUAUUCGGUGUCUUCAAUAACUCUCUCCCGUGAUGUCAGACAUGGAAACGCCAAUGUCUCGUCAUUCGCAGAAGUUAACACACCGGAGUAUGAACGUAAGGUUCGUUUUGCUAACGACGAUGUAGCCGGUUCAAAACUUGUGUCAGAAUCAGCACUUCAAAUUACUGGUAGGCCAGAUUUGUUAGAGAGUUCCGUAGCAAGCACCUAUCGCAGCAAUGAACAAAACGUCAUGGAAAUAUUGAGUCACGUCGUUUUUGAACGGCCAGUUAACGAGAGCCACAAUACAGAAAAACAACCGCGCGAUGGCUGCAGCGAUAACCCAGAAGAAAAUGUGAUUACCGAUGAUUCUUUUCAAAAUGUCCGGCCUGUUUUGCAGGAGCUAUCCACAGUAAACAAUGGGACGAAGUUGCAUUCGAAACCACUAGGUACUCCAACUAACGUUCAACAAAGAUCGGCUUCUCUGCUGUCAGGGUUAUCGAAUACCCAAGAUUCAAGUUCCAGCUCGAGGCGAACCGUUUCAUGCACAGAUGCUUCGACAUCUUAUGUUCCAUCCUUUGCUCCCAGCAUCAGUUCGACUUCUAGAAGUAAUUCAAAGUCGGCGACCUUCUCCGACCCUUCAAGUGAGACAUCGCAUAGCAGUAGCAGACAGCAUAGUCAUCGUGCUUCGAUUUCCGGCUUGCCGAUGACGUGGUACGUUGCUUGUGGCAACGAAGAUUCUUCGACAAACAUAAUAGCAGCCGCACAGUUAAGACGGUCUAUGAGCAACACAAAAGAAGGAAAUGAAAAAGCGGAGGUGAUAUGGGAAUGAAAAACGAACGUUCGUGUAGUAGCGAGUGUUUAUACCUCAUUAAAGUUCUUUUUUUGUGUAUUUCAUUAUUGGUUGAUAAAACAAAAAAACGACUCGCUCAAGAAUUAA